AUGGCGGAUGAGGAUGGUGGGCCACCCUCAACAGACGAGGCUCCGCCCGACGGGUCCGAAAUGCCCAGCUACGCACCUAGCGAUGCCUCGCCAGGCGCCACGAAAAGCCCUGCUGCCAAAGUUGCAGCACUGCGGGCGACGAUGGAGAAGAAGGAGCUGGAUCUCGAAGAAAUUUACAAGAUUGCUCAGGAGACAGUGCUGCCCGGCGGUCUGGUUGCCAACCAUGAGACCGCGCUCGAUGCGGCGCGAUCCGGUGACUGGGCGCUAUGCACGUACCUCGCCGCCCGGUGCUGCCAGGAAGACCCAGCGAAGCUGGCAGCUUUGGAUGAGCGUUGCCACAGGACGCUCUGGAUCGAGGUGGCCGCCCCUGUGGUCGUUGACAUACCCCGUGGUCAGGAGCGACUGCUGGUAAUGCAGGAGGGCGAGACAGAACCUGAGUGGGUGCCCACGGACAGGCUCAGACUCUGCAACCGGAGACUGCAGUUGCGUUUUUCGAUGCAGCUCGACCGCUCCCCUACCUAG